CCAUGUCAGACGUGGCAGUGGACACCAGCUCCGAGAUCACCACCAAGGACUUGAAGGAGAAGAAGGAAGUUGUGGAGGAGGCAGAGUAUGGAAGAGAUGCACCUGCCAAUGGGAACGCUCAAAAUGAGGAAAAUGGGGAGCAGGAGGCCGACAAUGAGGUAGAUGAAGAGGAAGAAGGUGAGGAGGAAGAGGAGGAGCAGGAAGAAGGUGAUGGUGAGGAAGAUGAUGGAGAUGAAGAUGAGAAAGCUGAGGUUCCCAGGUGCAAGAGGGUAGCCGAGGAUGAUGAGAAUGCUGAUGCUGACACCAAGAAGCAGAAACCUGACGAGGAUAACUAG